AUGCGGUACCUUAGGCCAGGAUGAGGGGGGUCCGAGCUCCGGGGAAGCUAUGCCGGUGUCAACUUUGCUUCUUCUCACAAAAUCUCCAGAGCUAUACGGCAGCGACAAGCUCAGACUUGUUAUCAGCUGCUUCUCCUGCCCCAGCUGUGUGGAGGGGAGCACCUCUCCGGCUUCAAUCUACCACAUCCCGCAGACAUUCCACAUAUGUGUAUGCUUUUCUUUCUUUCUUUCUUUUUGUUUUUGUUUUUAUUCUUUUUGUUUUUAUUCUUUUUGUUUUUAUUCUUUUUGUUUUUAUUCUUUUUGUUUUUAUUCUUUUUGUUUUUAUUUCUUUAUUAUUAUUUUGGCCAUCGCUCCAAGCCUCCAAGGAUAGACCGUCGGCCCCUGAUUGACCUAGCGUGUCCAAGACUCCAAAUAACAGGUCACGAGUAUCCCACUCCCUGUAACUACCACCCCGGCCUUUCGAUUCAGCAUCAUCACUGGAACUGGAUUGUCAGGAGUGCGUCAAGGACGAUCAAAGGUAUUUGUCGUAGGCGAGUAUCAGUCCCACUGACUGGCUUUCGUAAAUCUGUCGAGAUACCUACAACUUUGACAUUACGACCGCCUGGUUAGUCGUGGAAAGGGAAUGACAUUCGGGGCCUACAGCAUUACGGCAUGCGACCAAGGUGGGACGCCAAUAAUGCGCCAAGCACCCAUCAAAACCCAUUUCAAGGCGACGUGUGGGUGAAAGCGUAAGUGAAAAUGGCAAAACGGUACAGUGGUAAAGUGGUAUAUAGAUCAGG